CACGUCAGUGUGUGGAGAUACAACAGCAACAAUGUGGUCGCUCUGGCUACUACUGAGUCUCCAUGGCAGCAGGGAUUUGAAUUCAUGACAAUAUUUGGGGAGUUCCCCAAACAUCAGUGGUCAUCAUGUUGGUUCUUCUAGCCGGAAUCUUCCUCCUUCACCUCACCAGCAUCAUCCUCCUCCUAGUGGCAACUAUCGACAAUGCCUGGUGGAUGACAAAAACCGUGUCCACUGAUGUGUGGGCCAGGUGGAUACUGACCAAUGGAACCUGGAGCUCCAACGAUCUCCCCGGCCACUACCAUCAAGAAUACCUCCAGGCAGUACAGGCUAGCUCCAUUCUGGCCUGCAUAUUCUCUUCCCUUGGCCUGUUUGUGUUUGUGGGACAACUCUUCACUCUGUCCAAGGGACAGAGAUUCACCUUCUCUGGCAUCUUCCAGCUCCUAGCCUGCCUGUGCAUCAUGAUCGCUGCCUCCAUCUACACAGACAUCUUUCACAAUAAUGAAUCGGAUGGUUGGUAUGGCCACUCCUUCAUUCUGGCCUGGAUCUCCUUUGCGUUCACCUUCAUCUCCAGUAUAAUCUACUUUGUCCUGCGAAAGAAGACCGCAAACUAGAAGCAGAAGACUAGCCCAAACCCAAGGGACAGGCUCAAUAUCUUACGAUCUGAUCGUUUUUUGUACAAUUAGGUAUGGAUAUGAGUGUGGGAUACAAAAGGGGAGAGUUGUUAUCCACAUAUUUUCUGGCUUGAAUUUUGAUUCAUGUAUCUCUUUUGGUUCCCACUGAAGUGUCUAAACAUAUGGAUUUACAUUGUAAUAACUUACCUGUCCUGCCCACAUAGCUAUAACUUACCUGUCCUGCCCACAUAGCUAUAACUUACCUGUCCUGCCCACAUA